AUGGCAGCUGCCAUUCAAAAAAGCACUCAUACUAUCUUUGCCAUCUUAUUUUCCGUGCUCGCGCUUGACGCCGUCGCCGAGCUCUUUUUCCCGAUCCUGUCCGUGUUCCUGAUUGUUGGCGCGAUCCUUCUGCCAACAGCACAGAGAGAAAGCUCCUCCGUUGCGGGGGAAGUCAAAGCUGUCUACUUUCUGAGUUACCAAUCUCCCGAAGAAGACUGCGCCAGCAUGGCGAUGGUGACUGACAAGGAUGUCCUCUUCGUCAAAAACACUCAAAACCUCGAAGCCGUCAGCGACUUCAUUACCCACAUCAAAGCAGACGUAAAACAUAAGCAGCUCCCAGAGGAUUCUAUAAUUCCGCUCUUUCAGAUCGUUCGCAUUUCGAUAUCAUCACCGCACUCUACUGUGAGCAGUGCCGGAUUCAGUCUGUUAGUACACCUGCUCAAGCGAUUAAAUCUACAAGGCCAGGCAAAGGCCAUUGCCGCAAACGAAAAGCUUUUGCUACCCUAUCUUCUCGAUCGAUUGGGAGAUCAGAAAGAUAGAUACCGCACAUUUGCUACUCUAUGUCUCACGGAGCUUUGGCUCGUAUGCCCACAAGAUGUGGAACGGGCCAUCAAGGAAACGGCUCUGACAGGAAAGAACUCUAAAUCGAAAGAAGCCGGCAUGUCUUGGAUAUGCAAGAUGAACAAAGAGCACGGUCUCGCUUUCCGUAGCUACGUGCCACGUCUAAUGGAAUGUUUGGAGGACGCCGAUGGUUUCGUUCGAGAGCGCGCAAAGAGUGCUAUCGUUGAUCUGUUCAGAACGGCUCCUGAACAUGCCAAAUCUGAUCUGAAAAGGCAACUUCACGAGCAUAAUAUCCGAAAAUCUAUUGCGGCAUUCAUUUUGGAGAGCCUUGAUCUGGCUGGCUCGGUUAGCGCAGAGCAGAAGACGCCAGACCUGCCGCCUGUAGCUGAGAAAAGUGCUCCGAAUGCGAGCAGUAGCUUGGCAUCCUCUACAGGAUUCGCCCCAGAGUUUUCUAGAGCUCGCUCGUUGGGCCCAGAGAGCGACAAGCUUGAAUCUGCUAUUGUUAAUACGCAACGGGAGCUUGACGAAAUUUUCAAGUCCAUGUACCAGCAUUUUGAAGGAAAGGAAACGGAGCAGAACUGGAUGCUGCGCGACAAGAGCAUUUUGAAACUUCGUCAGCUGACCAAGGGUAAUGCGCCAAUCGAUUUUCCCGGUGCCUUUGCCGCUGGUAUAAAAUUCCUCAUGGAUGGCAUUUUGAAGGUGGUGAACUCACUACGGACGACGCUGUCAACAAGUGGUUGUCUUCUAAUCCAAGAGGUGGCUAAAGCGAUGGGACCCGGAAUUGAUCACAUCGUUGAAUGGAUGCUGCAUGUUUUGAUCAAGCUUUGUGGUCAUACCAAAAAAAUCAGCGCCCAGAACGGUAACGCCACAGUGGAGGCUAUUUUGGGUCACGUUUCGUACAAUGUUCGACUUGUCCAGUUUAUCUAUGACGCAAGUCAAGAAAAGAAUGCACAGCCGCGAGCUUUUGCUGCGGGAUGGCUGAAGACCAUAAUCACUCGGGAGGGUGUUAAUAAAUAUCAGAAACAGCACUUUGAGAGUUCCGGUGGCUUCGCACUUGCUGAAAAGUGCAUUCGCAAGGGGCUGACGGACGCUAAUCCUGCAGUGAAGGAGGGAAUGCGUGCUGCGUAUUGGGUAUUGGCAAAAGUGUGGCCAGCGACUGCUGAUAGCAUAAUGUCUUCUCUGGAUGCGAAUUCGCAAAAGCUGCUCCAGAAAGCCUCUGGUGGUGCCGCUGUAAUGGCGGGUACCUCCAGCGCGACUGCCACUAGUCAGAAUGCUCCCCAGGCCCCUCGGCCGAGUCUUCGCGAUGCUAUUGCGGCUCAGAAACGGGCGAAGAAGGCGGCUCAAGGUCUCCCUGAGCGCCCAGAAUCGGCCCAAUCUAGCUUUGCAUCCACGACCACCCCACAACCCAUCUCGAGACCUAACACUCUGUCUAGUUCAACUAGCUCAGUUGGAGGCGGUUUGAUGUCUGCUCCGGUUCGCCCUAUGCGGCCUGGUCGCCGAGCAGAAAUUGCGCGACCUGCUACUGCAGAACCAUUUGUGAACCGCAGACCUGUAAAGCCCCAGAAUGUAUCUACAGGGUCUGGUCCCACGCCAAUCAAAAGCGGUCCCCGGCAGACACCAGUGCAGGAUGUGAAGGUUACUAAGGACUCCACCCCAGCAGUUGCCCCAGCGGAUAGCGAGAAGACUGCCGCUAAACCUCCAAAUAGCACAGAGUCUGUUCAAACCCCAUCAAGAAAUGAAAUCCGCAACAUGGAUGUGGAAGAACGUCGGAAAAUCCAUGAGCAGCGAUAUGCCCACCUCCCCCCGCAUUUGAGAAGGGUAUUUCGGCCUGGUGUGCCUGGCGCCGAUCCCGGAGCAGAGCCAGACCCGAGCUAUGAAGAAUUCAUCCGUGUGGCUUCUGCUCCUUACGAGCGGAAUAGAUCAACAUCACACAGGUUCUCCACUCAAGCAGAACCAAUUAUAGAGCCUGCGGCUCAGCCUGAUGACAGCCUCCAGGUUGCUGCAAAGACUGUCCUUCCGCGCUCACGAGAGAGUUCUCCAAAGCGAGAGGUAGCGAAGAACGAAAACCGGGCGAAGACGUCGAAGCCUCUCAAGGUGUACGAGGAUCCUAUCUCGAGAACACCAUCCCCGGUUUCUUCGCACCCCCCUGCACAAACAAAGGCUCUUGAAGAGCUGACAUUGAAUGAGCCAGCCAAUGUCCCAGUUGCUUCGUUUUCUGGUUCAAACGAAGAAGUGAAACCAAGCGCGGCACUUGUCAAGCGCGAAGAGCCCAAAGACAAUGUCGAGGUCGUUUCUGAAGAGACUCUACCUACUUUUGUUAUUCCCCAAGUUCGGGCCCGGACAUUUGACAUGGAAGGGUUUGCCAGCUUGCGAAGAUUGAUUUUGGGAAGCGACCCUGGGUUUGAUGAUGAAGUGUCGCGAGAAUUGCUUGCUGCUCUUGUUGACUAUGUUCGCUCGACUGAAGAGGAACUCAACCUUGACCGACUAGAAUCGGACCGGCGCAAAACUUUGGCGUUGCCAACAGUGAUGAAUCUACUUCAAAAGAAGCAAGAUCGUCUGGAUGUACUAGGCAUGUGGUAUCCUUAUGCACUGGCUGGCAUGCUGGAAACACGAAGUCUUUGCGUUGAAUUCUGCCGCGUUGCUGCCCUUGCAAACGACGUGACACGAUUCCUCGUCGAGUCUGGAGAGCGGCCUCGUGCUGAUCUCAUCGAUCCCCUACUCGCAUUCAUCGAAAAGGCGCAACCGAGCGAGGGCGAUGAUAUGCCUCUGUUGCUUGGCAUUCAAGUAUUGCGCAGAAUGUUCACUCGGAUGAAAAUAUUCGCCAUGCCCUUGUCAGAGGAAGCUGAGCAGAAAUUUGUUCACCUAGCAGAGCGUUUCUUGAGCUAUCCCGAUGCGCGGAUUCGACGCAAGAUGGUUGAAUGCUGCGUCGUCUUUCAAUAUCUCGCCAAUCGAUACGAAGACACCGACAGAUUCUGGAGCUUGAUGAUGCCCGGACUCAGUCUCGCUCAUCGUGAUCUCAUUACCUAUUACCAAGAAAGAUGGCAACCACAGGACAUUCCGUUCACGUCUGUCUAAGUAGGCUUUUUUGUGUAUCCCCUUUUCCUUUUCUUCUUUGUCUUCUUCUUCUUCUUCUUUUUCUUUUUCUGUUUCCUUUACUUCUUCUUUUGCUUCUGUAAUUUUCUGUGGU